AUGCCAAAAUUAAAAGUUCAACAAACACCAAAACCUCAAGUUCAACAAAUGCCACAAACUCAAGUUCAGCAAGUGCCACAAACUCAAGUUAAACAAAAAAACAAAAACAAACUCAAUUUCAACAAACACCACAAAAUCAAGUUCAACAAUUGCCACAACUUGGACAUCAACAAACACCACAAACUCAAGUUCAACAAACACCCAAAGAUUAAGUUCAACAAAUGCCAAAAUUUCAAGUUCAAAAAACGUGACAAACUCGAGUUCAAUAAUUGCCACAAACUCAAGUUCAAAAAACACCACAAACUCAAUUCAACAAAAAAACAGAAGUUAAACAAACACCACAAAUUCAAGUUUAACAAAUGCCACAACUUUAAGUUUAACAAAUGCAAAAACUCAAGUUUAACAAUUGCCAAAAACUCAAGUUCAGCAAACACCACAAACUUAAGUUCAACAAACACCUUAAACUGA